GCCAGGUCCGGCGCUGCCCACUCGAGGGAGCCCGCGCCCCGCGCCCGCCCGACCCUCAGCCCGUCUCACGAGCCGGGCACCUGUGCCAGGAACCCACUGGAUCUACUGAGAAGGGACAGACGUUCAGAACAAACAUCAUGAGCAUCUCAGCUCUGGGAAGUGGCAGCAAAGGGAAGUCUCUGCCACCUGGUGAGGAGGAGCGCAAUAACGUCCUCAAGCAAAUGAAAGUACGGACCACACUGAAGGGUGACAAGAGCUGGAUCACCAAGCAGGAUGAAUCGGAGGGCCGAACAAUAGAGCUGCCCUCAUGCCGGAACCGCGCCACAUCCUUUUCCUCAGUUGGAGAGAUUUCAAAGGCCAGCAGGUCUCCAAGCACAAGGGCUCCCACUGGCUAUAUCAUCCGGGGCGUAUUCACCAAACCCAUAGACAGCUCAUCCCAGCUCCAUCAGUGCCUCCCCAAGACAAAUGGAGCUCCGAAAAGUGCUGCUGCGCUGCUUGGAGCCGCUAACCCUGGCCCUUCGCGCCCCUCCUCCUCUGGCUACAAGAUGACCACAGAGGAUUACAAAAAGCUGGCACCCUACAACAUCCGGCGCAGCUCCACAUCAGGGGCUGAGGAGGAGGAGGUGCCCUUCUCUUCAGACGAGCAGAAACGAAGGUCAGAGGCUGCAAGCAGUGUGCUGAGGAAAACAGCUCCACGCGAGCACUCCUACGUCCUGUCAGCAGCCAAGAAGAGCACUGGCAGUCCAACCCAAGAGCUACAGGCCCCAUUCAUUGCAAAGAGGGUUGAGGUGGUGGAUGAGGACGGGCCUGCUGAGAGGAGCCAUGUGUCCAGUGACAGGAAAGAGAACAGAAAUCACUUAAGAGGGGAGGAGAUUGUCCGCUUACAGAUCACAACACCCAGGGCAGGACUCCGCCUGGUGUCCCCAGACCUGGAAGUCAUGAGGUCUUCCCCAGGCCAUAAAGAUGAGGGCCUCUGCUCCAGAGAGCUCAAGGGAGAGCCAGCCGAUGAGGACACCAUCAUGGUCCCCAACCCUGAAAGACCAGCGGUGCAGGUGACUGAUGGCACUGUGGGAUCUGGAGCCACAGGGUCCCCACCAGAAGGCUUUGCUGGAGCAGACGUCGACUCAGAAAGAAGAGGGCUGAGCUCAACUGCUAGCACCACCCCUUUCCUGGAUGCUCAGGAUAUGCACGGCACCAACUCACACUCCUGCAAGCCUGAACCAGUGGCCAUCAGCUCCAGAAGCAUGUCAGCUUCAGCCCUGGAUGAUAGGAAGAAUACUGGUGUGGCAGACCCGCAAGACACAGAGGCAGAUCCGAAGGGCACCCCAGCUGGUUGUGAAGAGAAGAGUGUGGUUCCCAACAUCAGCAAGGCCUGGCCAGAGAGACCUGGAGCCCCGCAGACUAUGCAGGGAGACCCAGCUGAAGCCAUUCAGCCACCCGCAGAACUGAGCACCCCAGAACAGCAGAGAAGCCCCAGUGGACCUGAGCACCUCCUCGAGCUGGAAGGCUGUGCCAGCAGCACCUCAGCUGGUUGUGAGGAGAAGACUGUGGCCCCCAAGACCAGUGAGGCCUGGCCAGAGAGACACGGAGCCCCAGAAGGUGUGGAGGGAGGCCCAAUUGCAGCCACUCAGCAACCUAUAGACCCGAGCACCCCAGAGCAGCAGAGCAGCCCCAGCGGUCCUGAACACCUCAUCGAACUGGAGGGCUGCUCCAGCAGGGUGAGAAGUCCCGCCAGCUGCAUGGUCACUCUUACUGUUGCUGCUGCCACUUCAGAACAGCCUCCCAUUUAUGUUGCAGACCCUACAAGUGAGAUGGACUCCAGCUCAACCACCAAAGGGAUUCUCUUCGUGAAGGAGUACAUGAAUACUAGUGAGGUGUCUUCUGGGAAGCCAUUGACCGCACACUAUGGCAGUACCAGUGGCAUUGAGGACUCAUUUGACAUGGACAAGAAGUCCCCAUAUGAUGGCCCUCCAAUCUCUGAGAGGACACGUGGAGGGCUCUGUACUUACUGCAGCCGAGAGAUCCGAGACUGUGCAAAGAUCACCCUUGAACAUCUUGGCAUCUGCUGCCAUGAGUAUUGCUUUAAGUGUGGGAUUUGCAGUAAGCCAAUGGGUGAUCUCAUGGAUCAGAUCUUCAUUCACCGUGACACUGUCCACUGUGGGAGGUGCUAUGAGAAACUCUUCUAGCUCCCCAGGCUGAGAAGCUGAUGAACCGCAGACAAGUUUGGCUGUCCCGGCGGCCCACGUUGCUGGCUCCUCGUUCCUUGCUUCCACCUCUGAUUUCACCCUACUUCUUCCCUUCUUAGGUCGAACGUACUUACAUCCAGCAUUGUUUCUUAAUGAUGUUAUGAUGAUUACUUGUGUGGUAGCUUUUUAUAGCUUAGAUAACACUUUAUAUCCAUGAUCUCAAUUUGGGCUUGAAGUCCUUGAUCACAGGAGUAAGAACUCAGUUUCGUCUUCCCUAACAUAUAUUGGCUUUCUAAUGAGCUUAGGUGGCCUUGUAUGUUAGGCAUGGGCAGAAGUGCGUGCCGAAUCCCUGAGGCUUCAGAGGGGCCAAAUUGACUAUUGACGAUCCCUGGUGGGUAAAUUUGCAGACUUUGAAUGCUAGGGUUUGGCAUAGAUUGUUUACUCACCAUAUAUAUUUUUGAGUUUUCCAUACACUUUUUAAAGUAGUUAGUUGUUUCGAAUGAGUUAUGUAGCAGGAUUUAAUUAUACCCUCCUCCAUCCGCCUUGGACUAUAUUUGAGUUUUUCUAUGCAGGCAUGUGGGCAGGUGUCAGAACAUUUACCCCGGCUUACAUUCAGUAAGAUAUGAUGUUACAAGGCUACUAACUAAAGGGAGAUCUGCUUGUUUGAUUAUUGGUAGCUGGUUCAGGUGUUUGCCCUCGAUGUCUUGCUCGCUGAGCUUCCCUCAGAAACCCUCUCAGUGGAAGGAGGAAGAAAGAAAAGUAGAUAAUAUCUCUUGAGGCCUCAGCACUUAGCAGACAUUAUCACUAAGCGACAGCUUUAACCCCUGUGACAAUCUUGUCCCAUUUUACAGGUGAGGGUAGUGAAGCUCAAAGCCUGUACACUAUUGCCUCUUCAGGAGCAGUGAGAGUAGUGACACCGACUUAGUAUAUAGCAUGGAUGAAGGCCAAGGCACCGUGUGGUGUGGAGGAAAGCUAAUUCCUCCCUGGGAACACUGCCCCUUGAGCCUCCCACAAGGCAGAUUCUUCAACAGGGGAAAGUCAUGAAAUCCCGUUCCUCCCUGGGCAUCUUGGAUGCCCCCUUGAAGUACUACAAGAACCAGAUUUUCCCCUUUGCCUCUCCACCCUCACCAUGAAAACACCUCCAAGCAGCUUUCACCAGGGAGAGAGGUGACUCAUGCAUAUUCCCAGGGAAGGCUGCAGUAGGCUAGCUGCCCUGAGCAGAGUCUUCGGUCACCUCCUGUUUUCCAGUCCCCACUCUUGCCUCAUGCUGGCAGUAACUAGAAGCAUCCCAGAUACUCGACUACACUCUGGUGCCUUUGAGCCCAGCCUUCAUUGUCAGCUCCCUGAGAAGAGGCAGCCUAAGGGAUAAAGAGGCAAAGUGAGGGUCUCCUCUUCUCUCUGAAUUGUAAAAUGACUCUCCAUCUUUCUCCAGCUUCUGAGCCCUAUGCACAUUGGUUUGUGGCCUUGUUCUUCAUGUCAAAUGUUCAGAGAAUACUCCACUUGUUCGCACAGCUGUCUACUGGGUUUACUUUGAAGGGGAGAAGUGGUACAGUAUGCCAUGUCCCCACGCUGCUGAGUGUGAACUAAUCAUCAAGUCUAGCUCCCAACAUGGGAAUUGGCACAUGGUGAGGACUCACACAUAGGUGCUAAGCAAAUGAAUGAAAGAGAACUAAGUCAGACCUUUGGUUAGAGGUGUUAUCUAGGAGUUUAGUACAAGCUCCACAGAUGGGAUGAGAGGUAAAGAGCCCAAGACAGGCUGGUUUCCCCACCUUAAAGGUGAAUUCUGCCCUUAAGGGAGUUCAAGAACCAACAUGCAAGAUACUGAAAGACAGCUUGCAAGGUCAGUAUUGAUUUGGGUCUAAAAAAGCCCCUUUUAUGUCCUAAAAGACAAAGAUUCCUGCAGUGUUAAAGACAAGGGAUGGUUGUAUUGUUUCUUCUUUUUUAUUGCUUAAAGUUCCUAAUUAUACUUGCUUAUUUCACAUUCAUGUACCCAAAUUAUAAUAAAUGUUAAGAUAUUAUA